AUGUCAGUAAAUAGGUGUAUACAAAUUACACCAGUUUAUGUUAAUGUAUUGUAUUCUAAGUACUUAAAAUGGUUUAUCAUGCAAACCAGAAAUUUUGCAAGUAGUGCAAAUAAUCCCUUGAAGAUGCCUGACUGUAAAUAUGUACCUUCCAUUUACAAGGGUACCAAUUACGAGGACAUGAUAAAAGGGUAUGAAUCAAUCGUAUCUCCUUCGUUGAAACCAUUUUACAAGGAACCAUUAAUAAUACACGAAGGUCGAGGACAAUGGUUAUGGAAUCAUCGUGGGAAGCGAUAUUUGGAUAUGUUCGGUGGUGUUGCCACCGUAUCGGUUGGCCACUCUCAUCCAAAAAUCGUAGCUGCUAUAUCUAAUCAAGUGUCAAAAUUGAACCACGUAUCUUCUGCCUACAUGCAUUCACGUCUAUAUGAAUAUGUAACGAAGUUAAUCGGUAAAUUUUCAGGCAAGUUAGGGGUAGUAUAUUUAACUAACAGUGGGUCUGAAGCAAAUGAGUUAGCAUUCUUGAUGGCUAGACUUCACACACGCAGCCAUAGUAUCAUUUCAUUGAAAAAUGGUUAUCAUGGUGCAAGCUAUGGAACGUCAGCAUCCACUGCUAUGAGUACAUGGCGGUAUCCAUUCAUUGCACAACCUCCUGGAUAUCUACAUGCAGUAUAUCCUGAUGUGUAUAAGGGCAACUGGGGUGGAUCAAAGUGUAGAGAUUCACUUGUACAAGUGACUGGGAGAAAAUGUGAUUGCAGAGAGAAUGAAUGUAUAGCUUCAGAGAAAUAUUUUUGUGAAUUUGAAGAGACAUUUUGUUUCAGUUUAGCAUGUAGAGAGAGUAUAGCAGCAUUUGUUGCUGAAAGUAUUCAAGGUAUAGGAGGAGCAGUGCAAUAUCCCAAAUACUUCCUUCAGAAGGUGUAUAACUAUAUACAUGAAAAGGGUGGUCUCUGUAUAGCAGACGAAGUUCAAACUGGUUUUGGUAGGACAGGAGAGCAUUUUUGGGGAUUCGAGAGUCACGGUGUGGAGCCGGAUAUAGUGACUUUGGCGAAGGGUAUAGGAAAUGGAUUUCCUCUUGGAGCAGUAGUUACAAGUACGGAAAUUGCCAAGAGCCUAAAUUCCGCGUUACACUUUAAUACGUUUGGGGGAAAUCCUCUUGCGUGUGUUGUAGGAUCAACAGUGCUGGAUAUCAUAGAGGAAGAGAGUCUUCAACAGAAUGCGCAAACUAUCGGCACAUAUUUGCUCAAUCAAUUCGCUACUUUCCUAUCAGAAUUUCCCAAUGUCGUUGGCGAUGUUAGAGGAAAGGGAUUGAUGAUCGGAAUUGAAUUAAUUUCGAACAUUGAGACAAAAAAGCCAUUGAAAACUGAACACAUGCUUGAGAUCUUUGAGGUUAUCAAAGACAUGGGAGUCCUUGUUGGAAAAGGAGGGUUACAUGCAAAUGUUCUACGAAUAAAACCACCAUUGUGUGUAACGAAAACGGAUGCAGAUUUCACUUAUGCAGUUAUCAGAAGAGCAUUACAGAAACACGAAGAGAAAUACCGAAUUUAA